CACAAGUCGACGUCCGCGACUUCGGCCUCCUUCAAUGAACGUCGCGCGGCUCCUACGCCCUCGCCUGGCGCGGUGCUACGCCACUACUGCUGCUCCUCUACAUUCAUCAACUGCCAGGAACUCCGGACCACCACCUGACGUACGGCAGCACGGCGGCACUUACGCCGGCGAUGGUCCCAGGUCGGAAGGGUUCGGUCGUCCGGGAGGCCUGCGCGGGGGCGGACUGAACGGCCCUCGUGGGGGUCCUCGCGGUGGUGGCUUCGGCGGCCCCAAUCUUCGCACAGGCGCUACGCCUCGUUUUGGACAGGACGGGAACGAUUCCCUAGCAGGGGGCCGAGGCGGCAAGGGCAGACCCAAGCGCAGGCGGAGAGGACAGGACGAAGACGACUCUGCGAAGAGCCUCGAGCAGCGCGGCGAGGAAGAGGACCUCGAAAAACGCUCCCCAGACUCCCUCGCCUUCUACACCCGCAGCCCUGUCUAUUACGACCAGCUCUCGCAGAUCGAGACCGCGGUGGCGACCGCGCGAUCGGCUCUGCGCCGCCUCGAGCUGCUGCCGAUGCCCGAGUUCGCGCGCAAGAGCCUGCCGGCAAGCACGAUAGUCUGGAAGACCAUGGAGGAGAUGUCGGGCCAGUUCGAGACGCGCCUGCGCUCCACGCGCUACCGCCGCGUCGUGCGCGCGCUCGACGAGCUCGAGCUGUACUCGCGCGUUGCGAACACCGCAGGGUGCACGCGCCUAGCGAUGGGGAUUGACAUGGUGCUCGGCAUGUUCCAGAGCGGCAAGUCAGAGCUCCGUGCGGAGGCGCGGCGCAAGCGGGAGGUGACGCUCGAUGCACUCGGCCGGUCGUACACGGUUGGUCGCCGCAAGACGUCGUCCGCGCGGGUAUGGAUGAUCCCGACGGUGCACAAGCAGAGCGAGGAUGCGGUUGAGGAGGCUCAGACCGAGGCGCCGCCUGUCACGACCAGCACGAUCCUCGUCAACAACUUGCCGCUCUCCGAGUUCUUCCCCCUCCCUGUCGAUCGUGAGCGCAUUACGAGGCCUCUCAAGGUCGCGGGUGUUCUGGGCGCAUACAACAUCUUCACGCUUGUCCGCGGCGGUGGAACGACAGGCCAGAGCGACGCUAUCGCGCAUGGUAUCGCGAAGGGUCUUGUAGUGCACGAACCCCAGCUCGACCAAAUCCUCAGAAAAGCACAACUGCUCCGUCGCGACCCGCGUAUGGUGGAGCGCAAGAAGCCUGGUCGCGCGAAGGCUCGCAAGGGUUACACCUGGGUCAAGCGUUGAACUAUGUACGAGUGGUCUACCAUACUUUACCUUACAUCUUGCUGUUAUGCUUGCAUAUACAUACUCACUGCAUCCUCCCUCCCCUCGCCUAUGUUGUUAAGAGACUUCUAAGUGGUAUUGAGGAAUACAACCUGAGGAAGUAUCCCAGUC